AUGUUUACUAAGAUUGUGUGCCUGUCUUCCUUGGUUGCUUUUGCCAGUGCUGGACUUUUCAGUCCAGCCAGCAGCUAUGCUACUGUAGCUCACUCUGCCCCAGUGUUAACACAUGCAGCUCCAGUUGACUACUACGCACACCCCAAAUACGAGUACAGCUACGGAGUAAAAGAUGGCCACACCGGUGACCACAAAUCCCAACACGAAGAACGUGAUGGCGACGUUGUCAAAGGUUAUUACACUGUUGCCGAACCGGACGGCACCCUCAGAACAGUCCACUACACUGCCGAUGAUCACAACGGUUUUAAUGCGGUCGUAGAGAAGACAGGACACCCUGUACACCCCACACCAAUCGUACAAAAAGUUGUAGCUGCUCCUGUUUUGGCCAUUCCAUCUCAUUAUGAUCAUCAUUAUUAA